AUGGCCGAAUUACAGCAACGCCGGAUGUCGGCAGACAACCAAACCGUCUCCAAGGCGGAAAUUCCAUUGAAAGAACGCUUCUUCCGUUACUUCCAACAUGAGAUUACGGUGCUGCAAGAAAGGAUGGACCACCUCUCCAGUACGUCUCUGGUUGGAGGCGAGCGGGCUGACGCAACAGACCACUGCCUGGCCGGGAUCGUGCGCUUGUCGAAUGAAGUCAAGGAUGCCGCGAGUUACAUUCCAACAUACGACCAGAGGGUCUAUGCGGAGGCUAUCAAAGCCUUGCAGGAUCGACUGAGUGAGAUACGGACAGUGUUCGAACCUCGGUCGAAAUUCAGUUUCAAAAACAAGAAGAAUGCCUCCGCUGUCUCCAUAUCGGAUGCCGCGGCCUUGGCAGUGGAGGGCAGACUCAACAUCCCCGGUUACCAUUCCCCAGGUGCCUCGUCCGUUGAUUCGUCCGCCGCACACACACCUCUCUACCCCUCCACGCCACUAAACGAACCCGACAAGCAGCAGCAAGAGAGACCAGAACUGGCGCCCACUUCAUGUCCCGGUGUCGAGGUCGAUGACUUCGCUUCGAAAUCGCGUUCGGAGAAAUUUGCAGCCACUGGAAUCUCGUCAGUCUCCGUUGAUGAUCACUAUGGCUUGCAUAUCAUGCUUCCAUCGUCAGGAUCCACCUCCACGGUUCCUGCGUCCAUCACCUCCCUCGAUCACUGCGUGGUAGAUAUGUCUAUUCCCACUGCCAACGGAAAGCCUUACGCCAGUUUGACCGCCAAGGGAGUGAAGAGUAGCUUACUAGUCUGCGGCCAGGUCAAUGGCCCGGCCCACGUCACCGGCGUCGAACGCAGCGUCAUGGUAGUUUCCUGCCGCCAGUUCCGCAUGCAUAACUGCAGCAACGUCGAUGUUUACCUGAGUUGCUCCAGUAAUCCCAUCAUCGAGGAUUGCUCCAAUAUCCGUUUCGCUCGGAUCCCCAAAGCAUAUGUCAGUAAUUUCCUCGCGAUAUGCUCAUGCCGUCAACACUCACGCUUUUCCUCGCAGGCAUUGAGGCACGAUAGACCGGAUCAUGAAGAUCGUUGGAGCCAGGUCGAAGACUUCAAGUGGAUCAAGACCGAGCCCAGUCCAAACUGGAGUUUGCUUGAUCCCAACGACGCAGUACCAGAAGAAGUUUGGGCAGAGAUCGUUCCUGGCGGGCCAGGAUGGUCUCUCGAAGAUAUUCUACAUGCUAUCAAAGUGAUGAAGCACUAG